UCCGGGCCGGCGGGCGUGGCCCCUGCUCGGCCCCGCCCCUUCGCGGAGGUGGAAAACCGGCGCCGCCAGCGCACCCGGCUUAUCUAGAAGCGCUGCUGCUUUGCGGGCGGAGCAUGAAGCGCCGGGGCCGAGAGGUGCCAGCGCCGCCGGGGUACGAGGGGAAGGGGAUCGCCUCCGCCAUGGGUCAGGCCGCGUCCACUGCAGAGUCCGCCCAGCAAUCUGCCGGGGUUCUUCUGGAAUGGCUUCAAACAAGUAGAAUCAAGAAGCUAUUACUGAACGUAUUUAUUUUGUAUGCCUCUCUCCCUAUCGCAAUCCGAUUAUUUCCUCCGUUGUUACGAAAGUUUGUCUAUCUCAAUUUUGUGACUUAUCCCUUUUGGGUGGAUUACCAGAACCCCGGCGUAUAUUUGAACCACACGACCAACUUCUAUCUCACCCCCGAACCGGAGGUCACCUUCGGCUUUUGGCACGCUAUCCCCGACAAUAGACGGAAGGAAGCUGAAGGCAAGGACCGCAGCUGGUACGAAGAGGCCCUCGCGGAUGAUAAUCCCAUCAUAAUCUAUCUCCAUGGCAAUGGGGGUAGCAGGGCCACGUGUCACAGAGUUAACUUCGCAAAGACGAUGAGUGACGGUGGCUUUCAUGUGUUGGCUGUGGACUACAGGGGCUAUGCUGACUCUACCGGAGAUCCCAGUGAGAACGGCUUCACAGCGGAUGUUCUGUUUAUUUAUGACUGGGUGAAAGCGCGGAGCGGGAACAGUCAGGUGAUCUUCUGGGGACACUCACUCGGCACGGGAAUUGCUACCAAUUCUGCCCUGAAGCUGAAAGAAAAAGAUGGAACCAUCGUGGAUGCCAUAGUUUUGGAAUCUCCGUAUACAAACAUUCGGGAUGCGGCUGCCAGCAUCCCCUUUACGAAAAUCUACCGCAAGUUUCCCGGCUUUGAGUAUUUAGUCUUGGACACCAUGGCAAGAGCUGACAUGUAUUUUCCUAAUGACAAAAAUGUCAAAGUGCUGACCAACCCGUUCUUAAUCUUACAUUCAGAAGAUGAUGGAGUCAUACCUAUAAAGCAGGGAAGAAAGCUCUUUGAGAUUGCACACAACGCCUCUGCGAAGAAAGACAACGUCAAGUUUAUUUCCUUCCCUGCCGCCAUGGGUUUAAACCACGACCACAUCUCCUCGCACCCGGAUCUCGCUUCCAUUUUGAAAACUUUCCUCAAGGGCAUCAAGUGACAUCAGCAACAAAGGAGCCCGCUGACGUGGGGACCACCAGCGAAGAGAUUCCCACCCACUUUUUGCACUGGUUUGCCACAGAGAAUAAAAUAAACGGCGGAAAAGGAA